AUGUUCAAAUACGCCGUUGUCAUCUGUGCUCUGAUUGCCUGCGUUGCCGCGAAGCCAGGACUUUUGCACGCACCGCUGGUUGCACCUGCUCCGCUGCUAGCUGCUCCCGCUCCUGUGGUGACUGCUGCCAGCAGCCAAGUGGUGGCCCGUACCUUCAAUGGCAUUGCUGCUGCUCCUGUGAUUGCUCAGGUUCCAGUCGCACCAGUCGCUCCAGUUGCUCCAGUUGUUCGGGCUGUGGCACCAGUUGCUGCUCCAUUGGCUGCUCCAGUUUUCCGACCAGUGGCUGCCCCAUUGGCUACACCAUUCGCCGCUCCCUUGGCUGCCCCACUUGCAGCUCCCAUUGCCCAUCCCUAUGCGGCACCUGUGUUUGCCAAGUACACAGCUCCACUGGCUUAUGGAGCAGCUCCGCUCAGCUAUGCCGCAGCUCCGCUCAGCUAUGCCGCAGCUCCCGCAUUGUGGUAG